GCAAGCAUGGAAACAGGCUCAGCUCUUCUCGUAUUGGUUGCGGGUGAGAGCGGAAGUCGUUCCGGUGCCACAAUGAUGGGGGUCCGUGCGAGGCCAGAACUGAAUGGGGUGAGGGCUCGAGCGCCUUUAACCGCCGCCCGCUUGAGUUCUCUGCCGAUUUUUGCCAACUUUUGCGCCCUCGGGUUCCGUCCCCGUGCAGCCCUUUUAACCCGCUGCUACAACACUGCGCCGCGCGCCCCUGGGAGCAGCCGGCGAGCGAGGGCGGCGCCUUCCGGCGUGGCUCGUGAGCAUGCGCAGAUCGCUCGAGCGGGGUGUGCGUGUGACGGAGCGGAUGGAGCGCGAGCCUGGGGCUGCGGGGCCCGCGCGGGCGCUGGAGCCGCUGCGGCACCUCCGCGAAGCGCUGCGGACGGCGCUGUCCCGGAUCCGAGAAGGGGAGUCGCGGGAGAGCAGCGAGACCUUCGAGCAGCAGCGCUUCUGGGACACGCUCGGUCAGACGUUCAAAGCAACAUCCCAGGAAGCUACGAAGUUGAGUCUGGCAUUCUCGAGACCUCCGCUGCCUUCUGCAGAGGACUGUCAGAAACUGAGCGAAGGCGUCCAGAAUGCUGUCCUAGCAGCUGCCACAGUGUAUUACUGGCUUCCCAAGGGCCAAGGUACCACUCUGCGGAAGAUGGUGCGAGAUGCCACUGCCGAGGUAGUGGAAGGAAUGAUCCAGCUCACAGACGUGAUUCUCAGUACUCCAUUGCAGAGUUUGUCUCAGGAGCAGCUUAUAUCAACUGGUAGCAUAUGGGAGGCAUGUGAGCAGAUUUCCCAUCUGCCACAAGAUAACCAUGCAGCAGUCCUGUCAGCCAUGGCCGCCUAUCUGGGUGUGGUCAGGGAUGCGGUGGAGGAGAUGGAGCAAGCUCAGGGGGAAGAUCAGGACCCCUACAGUGACAUCAUGGAGGAUGAGGAGCUGGGCUCUCGGGGCAAUAGGGACACAUACUGGUCUGAGGCUGACCGGAAGCUACUUGGCCCCUGCAUGGGGCUGAUGAAGGCCUCCAAAGCCUGCCUGAAGAAGCUCUUGGGUACAGUGAAGGUUCACGGCAAAGCAGACACCCCAGAACAAGUGGCUCAGCUAGAUGAUCUUGCAGACAUCACCAAUGAGAUCAGCCCGAGUAUUGAUGAGCUGGCACUAAGCAUGUAUCCGCCCAUGAACCAGCUGGCUGUGCGACUCAAUGCUGCCAAACUGGCCUCUGUAUUAAAGAAAGUCCUAGAAAUUACAAAGGCAAGCCAUGUGUGUCACCCAUCGGAGGAAAACUGGGUUCAGUUUCUCACUGGUGCAGUAGAUCACAACAUGGACAAAAUUAAGGACUUCACACAGAGUGAACUUUAAUGCUUCUGCAGUUGGGGUCUCUAACAGCUGCCUUUCUGGUGCGUCUGGUCAUUCCCUGAACACGGCGAGAGCGAUGGGGUUGACGUUUGAGGGAAGAGCUUUUCCAACCUGGAAGAACUUUGCAAAUGCAAAGAGUGACUUGCUGGUCUUCUCUGGCAAUUGCCAACACUACCACCCUUGAUUUGUUUCCUGGGACAAUGAGAAGCUGCAUCUUGUUGUUGUGAAUGUGCCUUGUUCCCUUUGACUUGGCUGUAGGGCUGCCCUACAGGGCAGAAAGGGCAAUAAAAUGUCACUAGGUUCA